AUUUUCUCACUAGAUUUUACACCAGCGUUCAAUUUCCGAUUUAGAAACGCACAAGGACAUAAAUAAAUUAAGUUAAUUACAUAAGUUAUCAACUAACUUCGCGAGUAAGACUUUUUCCUGAUUAAUCAACGCAAUCGCCAUUUGUAUACGUACAACGCGGGAAAUACAAAUUUUAGUAAACUCCAGUGAUUUAAUUUUAAAUUAAUUCUAGCGAUUGAUUUGUUUAAAAAAAAAAAAUUCAACAAAGACAUUUUGUCAAUUAGUGAAAGGGUGCAACAUAAUGAUGACGACAAUUCAAUGGUAAUAUUCUAAGUUCGUAAAUGGUAUUUAAUAAAUAAUAAAAAUUGAAUGGAAUGCCCGUCAUUAAUUAACCCAUCAAUGAGCCUCGGAAUUUGAUAUCAUUAGUGAUAAGGAAUAUUAGCACUAGGUGAUGUUCUUUGGGAACCAUUAAUAGCGCAUUAAAAAGUACUUUGUACAAUAUCACAAAUAACAAAUAUGGCAGUAAUUUGUUUUCACUGAUUUCGACAGAAAGUCUUUGAUGAAUUUCAUGACAUAAUAAUUUUCUUAACCGAUUAUUUUAAAUGAUAUUAAAUGGCAACACAUGAUGUAAUUUUUUUUAUGUAAUAACUGAAAUUAUUGGUGAUUUUAUUUUAGAAAACUCCACAUUAUUUGACAUCAUCUAUAGAGCUGCAAAUUUUAAUCUAAAAAAAUAAAUGAAAAAACGAUAAGGCCCAGUGGUUACUCCAUAACACAAUCAGAGCAUUUUCCUUCUUAUAAAAGGGAGAAGGAGAGACUAUUAAAUACGAGGAAGAAAUACGUGAGCUUAUUCAGUCUAGCUCAGACACAUCUCUGAUCAUCGUCGAAUACCUGACGAACAACAUGCAACAGUCUGAGACAAAGAGGCAGGAGGCGAUGUAAAACAAAGAAAAGCAUUUGUGACAUCAAAGGAAGUGAACUGAAUGCUAAAUUUAUACGAUGGAAUGUCUAGAAGACAUCGUGGGACCUUUGACCAAUGUCUGGAUGACAGGAGAAAGGGAUGUGAUGUCUUGGUUCCAUGAGAACCUUUGUGUUCCCUUCUGAUGAAUAAACAAUGAUCAAAGUAUCGGUUCGAGGUAUCAGUUGAUAUCAAUACGUCUGUGGGAUAACCGAGUGAUUUAGUCUUUUUGAGCUUUUCCACAAAUAAAAAUGAGAACUUGGUUUCCUGGUUUUGGAGUGCAAAGUUGAUAGGACAUCCAAUCAUCUCCAGUGCUAAUUAAUAAAAUUUUUGUGAGAUCGAAUCGUCAGUCGACCUUGAAACAUGGACCAAUGGUUGGAGUGGUGUUUCCUGUUUUUUUAUUCCUAACCUCGAUGAUACCUGUUGGCGAAAUGGUACCAGUACUGAAUAUGUUGAAGGAUUCUAAUGGGACAGACAACAUCUGCACCACUGCAGUAUGUCAUCAUAUAGCUGACGAAGUAAAAAGGAAAAUGGACCCAACCGUUCAGCCUUGUGACGACUUCUACAAAUUCGCCUGCGGUGGAUUUUUAAGGAAUACUUUGAUCCCAAGUGAUCGAGGUGAGGUGACCAUGUUCUCUGCCCUCAGUGAUAAAGUUCUGGAUCAGUUGAGGAAUAGUUUCGAGCAGCUCAGCCCUUUGACGGAACGCAAACCAUUCAAGCUUGUUCAGGACUUCUACAAUGUUUGUAUGAAUGCGACGAAUUGUGAACGACAACCCAUUGAAACACUCCGCAAGGACCUGCUGAAGUUGGGAGAAUGGCCACUACUAAUUCCCAAUAAGUGGGUUGACCAAGAAUUCAAGUGGUUCCAUGUAAACUUCAGGUUCAUGUUGCAGGGACAUAAAGAGAGUCCUUUCCUAUCCUUCGACAAGGAUGAAGUGUCAGGCCUCUAUAAACUAUCAAUUAAUCACAAACAUUUGUCUACAAAGCAGAGCUUUAAGGAAAAACCAAUGCACGCUUUAAAUUUCAUGGUGGAUCUACUCGUAAAUCUCGAAGUUGAACGGGACGUUGCCGUCCAGGAACUCACCAGCGCUAUUGAAUUUAUGGAACAUUUAAAUACGAUAUCACAAGAUAAAAAUUGUCACAGCGCAGAUCUCUACAAAAACCUGACGUUGAACAAACUGGAGAAUGAAAUUCCUGGAAUUCCCUGGAAAUGGUUUCUCUUUAUCAAAAAUGGGGCUGGCAUUGAACUAAACGAUAAUCAAGUCGUCAUGAUCCCUAACUGCACCACAGCGAUCUUGGACCUGAUUGAAAAAACACCGAAUAAAAUCCUGGCCAAUUAUGCUAUGCUGAUAGCAAUGGACACGUUGGCGAAAAUGGAAAACGAGAAAAUCUAUGCAUUUCCUCAGUGGAAGAGAUGUGUCAAAAUUGUUUCCAAUUAUUUACCUGUAGGGGUUGAAGCUCUUUAUGUUAAACACCACUUUCUCGAGGAAAAUAAGGAAAAUGUUGCGGAAAUGGUGCAGUACAUCAAGCAUCAAUUGAUGCAGAUUCCCCAAACGGCCGAUUGGAUUGAGAACGAUUCUACGAGAAACCAGCUGCUUCAGAAACUCGCACUUUUGAGCGUGAAAAUUGGUUAUCGUGAGGAACAAAUCAACGAUACAAUGCUCGAUGAAUAUUACGAAAAUUUGGAAAUUAGUCAGAAGAAUUAUUUACAGGCGAGGUGGAAUAUAAUAUUAUUUUAUCGUGGGAAGAAGAACUUUGACAGUUCCUCCUGGGACGAAAAUCAGCGAUUAACUGCGGUUCAGGCAUUUUAUAAGUUUGUCCAUAAUACGAUAGAGGUCUCAGCUGCGAUUCUUCAGUCUCCCUUCGUCAACAAUGAUCGUCCAAAGUACAUGAACUAUGGUGCCAUUGGCAGCAUCAUUGGGCACGAGAUGAUUCAUCACCUGGCGAAACAGAUAUCGUUCGAUAACGAAACUGAUCUGGUUGAUUGGUCGUCAUCAGCGAAGGAAAAAUUAUUGUCAAAAUCUCAAUGUAUCAUUAAUCAAUAUGGAACCUAUUCAGUGGAAGGGCUCAGGCUGAAUCUAAACGGGUCGAAUACUCAUCAAGAAAAUACAGCUGAUAAUGGUGGGACAAAAUUAGCGUAUCUCGCUUACAAAGAUUGGUCCUCACGUAAUCAGCAGGAGUUAAUGCUCCCAGGGCUCUUCUACACUCCACAACAAAUGUUCUGGAUAAGUUUAGCCCAAACAUGGUGCAGUGUUCACCAGCCUGAGACCCUCAAGCAACACAUCAAUAAUGAUAUUCACAGUCCCAGCGAAUUUCGUGUCCUGGGACCACUAUCGAAUUCCCUCGAAUUUUUCGAGGACUUCCAAUGUCCUGUGGGCUCUAAAAUGAAUCCAAAGGAGAAAUGUGUGAUCUGGUAAUUGUUUAAUAAAUUAUAUAGGAUAAUAAAUUGAAUGACCGAAGUUUUCGUCUACAUUUCCUUCAAAUACUCCGGAGUCCUAGAGGACUUAGGGCCCAAUCCGACCAGAUUUUCGAGUUCCACAACUAGAAACCUUCAAAAAUUACCGGGUGAAUAGUUUCAAUGGCGCCACUGUCGUCCUGGUGACAUCGUCAGGGCCAUAAGAUUACUUGAUGUGGGUAUUUCACGUACCCAUGAGGACGCUGAGUCACCUUUCUGAUCUAAUCCCUCAGUGUUAUUCAGACUUUAACGUUGACAGACCCUGCCCUGCCCAUCAGCUCAGACCAUGGCUACUCCAGGGGCUGAACUCUCCAUUGAAAGCACCAGAAAAACGCAAAAAAAAAUAAUUACGAGAAAAUGCUGCGUUGACGGAUGUCAUAACACAUCGCUCAAUGCCCCACAGUUGAGCUUCCAUGUGUUUCCACAGCCAAACUUGAAGUAUUCUAUUGUUACAUCAAAUAACCUCGAAACUCGUGUUGACAUUGAUAUACGUGAAAAGUGGAUUGAACUGUUGAAACCCACGAAGCUAUUAAAGUAUUCACGAGUGUGUAGUUCUCAUUUUACGUCUUCUGAUUUCCAAUUUCCAGAAUUUUCUGAGAUAUGCGGAACCAAGAGAAGGAGAUUGAAACAACAUGCCAUCCCCAGUCGGAAUUUACCCACAUAUGACGAUGAUACACCAUCAAAAGCACCAGAGUUAUACAACACCUCGUCUCCGAGAGUUAGCACAUCUCCAUUAGAGUUACUCACCACCUCAGAAGAAAAUAUCGACACCCCACCAGUUGCAGAAGAGACUGAAUAUCACUUUCCCCGAUAUCCAAAGAAAAUCCGCUACACAGAAUCCUAUCGAACAGGAUUUCUCAGCAUCGAGUUUUCUGAAAAUUAUAGAUAAAAAUAAUGGCAAUUAAUUUAAGGUAAAUUAACGUUUGAGACGGUCGCAUUAAAAAACAUUCCACUCAGUGUUAUUCACUUAAGAACAUUUAAUGAACGACUCCAGUUCGCUACGAUAAAUUGUGUUCCUCAGAGAAAUUAAUAUUUCAAAACUGAAAUAAUUAGAGACACAUUUAGCGAUGAAAAUGGACGUUCAGAAUUUACGAAAUUCUGGAAUUCUUGAAGAAUUAUUCUGAGUGAAAAUAAUGUGGAGUGUUGGACUAUUGUGAAAGAAAUAAGAAACAAGUUGGACGAUA